GCCGCCGCCAACUUUUCAGUGUGAUAAAUGUGAGAGGAGAGAGGAAAAGAGCUUAGGAACGUUGAAGUUUGAGAGAAGGCGGCUCAGAAUCAAAUUGGUCGGAGAAUGAUGGGAAAAGAUAUCCUGCAUAAGAUGAAGGUUAAAGCUGGGUUGUCUUCUUCAAACACAGAUACAACUGGAAAAGGCAAAACUAAGAUGUCAGGAAGGCAUAUCAGGCAUGGAUACCACUUGGUAAAGGGCCAAUCUAAUCAUCCAAUGGAGGAUUAUAUAGUAGCUCAGUUUAAGCAUGCUGGCGACUCCGAGCUGGGCCUAUUUGCCAUUUUUGAUGGCCACAUGGGUCAUGAUGUUCCAAACUAUUUACAGUCACAUUUAUUCGACAAUAUCUUGCGUCAGCCCGAUUUCUUCACUGACACGAAAAACGCAAUCAAGAAAGCAUAUGAAAUUACCGAUAGCACGAUUUUGGAGAAAGCUAAAGAAUUGGGAAAAGGCGGCUCCACUGCUGUAACAGCUAUCUUAAUAGAUGGAUCUAAGCUUGUUGUUGCUAAUUUAGGAGAUUCUCGUGCAAUUAUUUGCAAGAAUGGCACAGCCAAACAACUCUCCAUUGAUCAUGAACCCAGCGAAGAGCGCGAGAUAAUCGAGAAGAAAGGCGGUUUUGUUUCGAAAAUUCCUGGAGAUGUGCCCCGUGUUGACGGACAACUUGCCGUUGCGAGGGCGUUCGGAGAUAGGAGUUUGAAGGUGCACCUUAGCUCUGAACCAUAUGUCAAUGAGGAGAUAAUCGAUGAUGAGACGGAUUAUCUUGUCUUAGCGAGCGAUGGAUUGUGGAAGGUGAUGUCAAACCAGGAGGUCAUCGACGCCAUCAAAGGUAUUAAGGAUCCUCAGGCUGCUGCUAAACAUUUGACAGAGGAGGCUCUCAUCAGGAAGAGCAAAGAUGACAUCUCUUGCAUUGUGGUGAAAUUCGAGUAAGAUUUGCAAUUUUGAAGAUUAGUUUCUUUGUUUUGUUUGUAUAUUGUUUGUUGAACAAGUUCAAGGUUGAAUUUUUAAAUAGAAUUGUGAUGUUUCUAAUUUUGUUUGGAGAAGGAUAUGGUGCAGUGGAUUAAAAUUGUAUUAUGGAUUUAGUUUCAGUUAUGUUGGUGUACUGUUUUUAUUGUAGUUUAUGUUGGAAUUAGGCGCUUUGGAAUAAAAUAUAUGGAGGGAAAUAAAAUAAAAAUUAUAAGGA